AUGACUGUCAAAGCACUGAAGAAACUGUGCCACGAGCUUGGGCUCCCUUCCACUGGCACCAAGUCUGUCCUUCGCGAGCGGCUGGAAGUUUUCAGUGGAGACCGAGAUUUGUGGGAUAGGCUCCGGCCGGGGGCUCACAAACCUCACAAAGGCCCACGCAUGUGCUCGAUGAGCAAGCCCAAGGCCAGCCGCCCCAAGCAAUCCGCGCAGCGUCGCGAGCAGUUGCUUGGUGUGACAGUUGCACCAAGCACUUCGGGCACCAGCGUCAAUCGGUCCAAGGACACGCGAACGGCACCAGAAAUCAGGGCGCUGCUACCUUGGGCUGAUGCCAUCACCAGCGCGUACCCAUAUGAGCCGACGGAUGGUAUGCCGAUGCCAGCAAGUUCUCCAGACCCACCCAGCCACAGCACACCCAGCGUACUGCACCCUUCCGCUACUUCGGAUGCCAUCGUCCAGGACGUGGGCACGAGGCUCAUCGAAAUCGUUCAAGGUGCCCUCCAGCCAAGCGCGGCUGGCUUGAUGCCGUCUGUUAGGCCCCAGGCAGCUGACAUAGCAGACACGGGUGCAAUCAGCGCAGCUACAACUGCCUGCCAACAACCUCCUUCGAUGGUGGAAUCGGGCAGCUCGAACAAGCUGCAUGUUCUCAACCUCGGGGAUGGCACCAUUCUCCAACUGGUGGAUGACGACAUCCCAGAUCCCCCCGCUGUCAGCUUCGCCAAUGAUAUCCUGCGUCUCAAUGCAAUGUGGGAUGACAAUACGGUGCACUGGUUGAACGAGUCCAUCAUCACCAUCCAAGGCCACCCCAUCGCUGUCAAGUACUGGCCAUUGCUCUACCGCUAUGGCCCCAAUCAGCAAUGGAAGGGCACGAAAAGCAAGUGGACUGACUGGCGGGAUGUCGUCGAACGCUACCGGCAGGGCACCCCAGAUCACUUCUGGGCUGACUUCAAGACUGACAGUGGUGAGCGGAUGAAAUUCACUGCCAUUGUCCAGAAACUCCGUGAUGAGCGCAAGGCAGAACAUACCGCAUUGGUGGAGCGUGCUCACCGAGAAUUCCAUGCCGAGUUCGACGACCUUUUCACUUACCGGCGAGGAGGAGAGGGGCAUGUGAUGACGAAGCCGUCUGCCAUCGCGAGGAAAUACAUUGAGUUGACGACUGGACUUGUGGUGGACGACUGA